AUGAGGCAGCCCCUACCCCCUGCACUGCUGCUGUUGCUGCUGUGGCUUGGAACUCAGGGGGCCAAGGCUCUAAGAGCCUGUGGGCGCCCCAGGAUGCUGAACCGGAUGGUGGGCGGGCAGGAUGCCAUGGAUGGCGAGUGGCCUUGGCAGGUCAGUAUCCAGCGCAAUGGGAGCCACUUCUGUGGAGGCAGCCUCAUCACAGAACGGUGGGUCCUCACCGCAGCACACUGCUUCUCCAACACCUCAGAAACAUCUCUGUACCGAGUCCUGCUGGGGGCACGGCAGCUGCUGCAGCCAGGGCCACGUGCCAUGUAUGCCCACGUGAGGCGGGUGGAGAGCAACCCCCUGUAUCAGGGCAUGGCCUCCAGUGCUGAUGUGGCCCUGGUGGAGCUAGAGGCACCUGUGGCCUUCACCAACUACAUCCUCCCUGUGUGUGUGCCUGAUCCCUCAGUUGUCUUUGAGAAGGACAUGAACUGCUGGGUCACUGGCUGGGGCAGUCCCAGUGAGCAAGACCGCCUGCCCAAUCCGAGGAUCCUUCAGAAGCUUGCAGUGCCCAUUAUUGAUACGCCCAAGUGCAACCUGCUCUACAGCAAAGAUGCUGAGUCUGGCUUUCAGCCCAGAACCAUCCAGGAUGACAUGCUCUGUGCAGGCUUCGCAGAGGGCAAGAAGGAUGCCUGUAAGGGUGAUUCAGGGGGCCCCCUGGUGUGCCUUGUGGACCAGUCAUGGGUGCAGGCUGGGGUGAUCAGCUGGGGCGAGGGCUGUGCACGCCGGAACCGCCCAGGUGUCUACAUCCGGGUCACUUCCCACCACAACUGGAUCCAGGGGAUCAUCCCUGAGCUGCAGUUCCAGUCAGGGAGGGAGGGUGGCCAGCAUCGAGACCCCCAAGGCCAGCAGCGCCUUGGUCAGAACUCAGCACCCUGCCUGGCUGCCCACAUGGUGCUGCUGGCCUUCCUGGUGCUGCCUGCCUUCCUCUGA